AACAGUUAUAAACAAUCAUCAGAAUUUAAACUUUGAAAUUUGUCGAGUCGCUGAAGCGUUAUAGAAAUAAAUUAAAGAAGAAUUAUUAACCAAAGGAAAAAAAUGAGUACACUGCCAGCAAUAUUGGGUUUGAUCAACGACAUGGAUCGUCUGACUACGGCCAUUUCACCGUAUUAUCACAACUACCACUGGCCUCUUAGCCGUCAAUUGAGCAUAGGUAAACAUGAAAGAGCAGUUUCGCCUUUAGUUGGCAAAGAUGGUUUUCAAGUGUCUAUGGAUGUGGCUCAUUUCAAGCCAAGCGAAUUGAAUGUUAAAGUUGUCGACAAUACCGUCGUCGUGGAGGGCAAACAUGAAGAGCGUGGGGAUGAGCAUGGCUAUAUAUCUCGUCAUUUUGUUCGCCGCUAUACUCUUCCUAAAGGUUAUGAUGCUAGCAAUGUAAUGGGUUCGCUUUCCUCGGAUGGUGUACUAACGGUUGUUGCUCCUAAGCCAUAUACAGAGGAUAAGUCCAACGAACGUGUUAUACAAAUACAACAGACUGGUCCGGCACACUUGAACGUAAAGGAAAAUCCAGAGAAGAAAAAAUAGGCUGUCUAUUCUUUUAACUAAAAAAACAUUCCU